AUGGAUGAGUUCUCUGUGCAUGAGUUGGACGAGGUGAUGCUGAAGCUUGGUUAUGAUGUACCACCAGUCAUUUACUACCACUAUCAAUUGCCAAAUGGAGAUUUGGAGUUUGGUCUUAGAGCUCUAGGGAAUGAUAUUGAUGUACUUAGUCUUGCACAGUACAUUGAACAUCAUAAGAUCAUCAAGGUAUACACUGAACAUAAUGAAACUAAGUUACUUACAUACUUUAUGUCUCCAAGAGUUAAACCUAGGGUUAUAAUUGAGGAAAUAUCAGAUGAUGUGCCCACUGCAACUGUUGGUGAUCAAGAUGUCCCAAAUCUUGAAUUGUGUUUAGUAAGAUAUGAGACACCCGAAUACAAUUCAAAUAAGAGAUUGAGGUUAGUUGAUGGGAGUCAAUCAUGUAGUAAGAAAUUGUGUUUCAACUUGGAACACGUUGGUGAUCAAGAUGCACAUGUUGAAAUUGGUAAUGAAGGUGCAAAUAUUAGUGAGCAAGGUGCAACUGUUAGUGGUCAAGAUACACAUGUUGAAAUUGGUAAUGAAGGAGCAAAUGUUAGUGAUCAAGGUGCAGCUGUUGGUAAUCAAGAUACAGAAGUUCAUGAUCAAGGUGCAAAUUUUGGUGACCAAGAAGUAAAAACAAGAGAGUUUGAUACCUUUGAUGACCAACCAUUUCAAUUUGAAGACUUUGAUCCUUUCUUUGAUCAAUAUACUUUUAAUGAUGGUAAUGAUCAGAGUAUGGGUGUUGGUGCAGAACUUGGCACAGGACUAGGGGAAGUUCAAUUUGAAAGUGAGGGAGUUUGUGAAGGACUUGGUGAAGGAGGUAGUGAAGGGGGUAGUGAAGGGGGUAAUGAAGGGAGUGAGGAAGACAGUGAUUUUCUUGAAGAUGAAGAAAACUAUGUAAGUGAUAUUGAGGUGGACAUGAGUGAUUUCUAUAUGAAUGUUGAUCUAGAUGUUGAAUAUGUUGACAGAGGAAAAGGUGUUGAGACUGAAAAUGAAGUUGUUGAUACAGAAGAUGUUGAAGAUGUUGAAGUAAUUGAUAAUGAUGAAUGGGACUCAUUAGGUGAAGAUAGUGAUGAUGAAAGAAGGAAAGCAAUAUUAAAACAGAUGGUGAAGGAGAAGAAGUGCUCUCUUGGUGAAGUCCAUACAGUUACUUUUCAAGUGGGUCAAAAGUAUAAAAGUAAAAAGGAAAUUAAGAACAAAGUCAACAAACUUGCCAUUGAGACUAGAAGGAAUCUUGGCUUCAAGAAAAACGACAAAACAAGGCUUAGGGUUGUGUGUAAAGGUAAUGUACCUAAUGUAAAUGCAAGUGGGUGUGCAAUAGCAACCACAGUACCAGAAUUUGAACACUACAUGAAUGAACUUAACAAGUUUGAUAAGGAUGCUUUUGAGUGGUUGAAGAAAAUCCCCCCUCACCAUUGGGCCAGAAGCCACUUUUCAGGCAGAGCAGGAUCAGAUAUAUUGCUCAACAAUUUAUGUGAGGUUUUCAACAGUAAGCUUAUUCAUGGUAGGAAUAAGCCCAUCAUAAGUUGUCUUGAGUACAUCAGGCAGUACCUUAUGAAGAGGAUUUGCAAUGUGAAGAAAGUGAUGUCCAAAGCUCCAGGUCCACUCACUCCAACAGCAUCAAAGUUACUUGAGAGAAAUAGGGAAGCUUCAGUCCAAUAUAGAGCUAGAUGGAAUGGGACUGCAAAGUAUGAAGUUUAUGGUCCUUGGCAUGACCAGCAUGUGGUUGACAUGAAAAAUAUGUCAUGUACAUGUAGAAGGUGGGAAUUGAAUGGGAUUCCAUGCAGGCAUGCCAUAGCUACAAUACAUGAAAUGGCUGAUAGUGGAGACAAAGUUGGGGAGCUUUACACUUAUGUUAACAAAGUGUAUUGGCUUCAAACAUGGAAUGAAGCUUACUCUUACACUGUGGACCCUAUAAAGGGUAGAGCCAUGUGGCCAAAAAGUACCUGUCCAUUUCAAUUAACACCACCACCACAUCACAAUCAACCUGGGAGACCUAACACCAAGAGAAAGAGAAGUGCAGAUGAAAAAUAUGAUAAACAGAUGCAAAAUCAUGGUGCAGGUGAACCUGAAAAACUUACCAGAAAGUUUGUUAGUGUUAGGUGUGGGAAAUGCAACAAUAGGGGUCAUAACUCAAGGACGUGCAAGGGUCAAGGUGGGAAUGCAGGAAGAAAUGAAGGAGGGAAUGCAGGAAGCAGUCAAGGAGGGAAUGCAUGAUGCAGUCAAGGAGGGAAUGGAGGUAGCAGUCAAUGCAGGAAUUAGUGUAUUUUGUUUAAAAACUUAUCUUUUGGUUUAGCACAACUUUUGUGCAUUUGGAUGUAAUGGUUUAAAACUAGUUUGUUGUAAUGGUUUUAUUUUGGUCUUUUAGCCCUUUUGGUCAUGAAACUAAUGUCAACCUUUUGUCAUUGUUGAA